GGUGAGGGCAUCUUGCUGGAGAUCCCUGCCUAUCUGUAGCCUUCCUGAGGCUGUUAAUGGAGAAGAGGGCGAAUGACAGCCGGGACCGUGGUCAUCACAGGUGGAAUAUUAGCGACUGUCAUUUUACUCUGUAUCAUCGCUGUCCUCUGCUACUGUAGGCUCCAGUACUACUGCUGCAAGAAGGACGAAUCCGAGGAGGAUGAGGAGGAGCCCGACUUCGCCGUGCACUCCCACAUCCCCCCGCUCCACUGCAACCGCAACGUAGUGCUGACCAACGGGCCAUCCCUCUACAGCUCCUCGCCCUUCAGCAAGAAGGCGACGCCGAGCCGCAGCGGCUGCCCGGGCUGCGGGCAGUAUGAGCCCCCCACGUUCUUCCUGCAGGAGCCCCCCGAGGAGCUGCACAACGGGGGGGACCGGGUCAGCUUCCAGACCGUCAGCCAGGAGGAGCUCGACCUGCCGGUGAGCGUGGGCAACCUGCAGGCCCUCAACCCCAACCGGCUCUCGGCCAUGCGCGAAGCCUUCUCCCGCAGCCGCAGCAUCAGCACCGACGUGUGAGGCCGGCACGGAGCGGAGGACUUCUUAAAAUCCAGGAGAGUGUUUUAAAAUUAAAAAAAAAAAAGAAAAAAAAGCUGAGUUGGGGUUGGGGGGGCGGGAGGGAGUUGAAUGUAUUGCUGCCUAGGCAGAGAUGUGCUAAACUUCAAUAUAAUGGUUAGCAAAACUAAUAAAAGGGGGGAGUGAGGGCGGGUUGGUUACAGCUGGGACAUGAGGUUUUUCUAGUGCUGCGUUGCGUUUUGUUUUUUUUUUUUUCUUUUAUAAAGAGGAUUUUGAUAUUGUGCAUCCUUUUAUACAGAGUAAAUGCCUGUCCUCCACCUGCGGCUAGAGCGGUGAGAAAGGGAUGGGUGGCUGCAAAGCAGCUCAAGCUGCAAGGCAGUGUGUGCGUGCUGCUGUGCUGCAGGGACACACGGCACCCAUGGGCUGCUGGCCCUAGUGUGCAAACACACACUGCAAGCAUGGGCCCUGGGCAAAGCUGGGCUGCUGCUGCCCAUCCUUCUGCCCCUGCUCCGUGGUGCAUGUGUGUGUGUGUGCAUGUGCACAUCCUAUCCCCGUCCUGCGCCCUCUAGCUUCUCCUGUUGCUGUUUCUCCCUGGCUCCCAAUGGGGCAGGAGCACUGGGUGCAGACCUGGCCCUGCUGCUAGAGAUGGGCUAUCAAUUAAGUUACUUAGGGCGAGGAGGGAGGAAUGAUUCCAGAUGGAGGAACGCACCCACAGCUGCCCUCUCCAAAUAAUCAGCCUCCCCUUGCCAAAUAAUGCCAUAUGCUACUUCUAAUCUAGGGAGCCGAGUGCUGGCAGAGCGAGAGUGUGCCCAUGUAUUGCACACACGCCCCCUGCAUGCACAUUUCUACUUUAAUUUUGA